AUGAAAGACGAAAUCGCUGUCAUCUACCCAAACGAGACCGUUUCCACGGCCGUAUUGAAGUACUGCAGGGAGAGGUCGCUUCCUCUUCCCCCUCAUAUCGAACGUCACGCCGAACUCACCGAGAAAGAGCUCGGUGACAAGUCCGAGAUGAUGGUAUCUCGGCUCCAAGCCCAAUACUUGCUUUGGACUGCUCGAAGCCUUGGGGCCAAGAAAGUUCUUGAAGUUGGCUGUUUCACUGGAUUCAGCGCUUUGGCUCUUGCUGAGGCACUAAAGGGAAUCGAAGGUGCAAAGGUCAAUAUCCUGGUUCCUUGA